UCAAUCCUCCAUUUUCCAACACACAGCAACGGCAGCGGGAGAGAGAAGAGAGCCACCCCUCUUACCUGGAGAGGAAGCCAGGGACCGGGGGCAGUCAUGGCAGCGAAUAUGUACCGGGUUGGAGAUUAUGUUUAUUUUGAGAACUCAUCCAGCAACCCACUUCUGAUCAGGAGGAUAGAGGAGCUGAACAAGACAGCCAAUGGGAAUGUGGAGGCCAAAGUGGUGUGUUUUUACCGGCGCAGGGACAUCUCUAGCACACUCAUCGCUCUGGCAGACAAACAUGCAAGGGAGUUGGAGGAGGAGAUGGAGAAUUCAGAGAUGGCCGAUCUCCCCGAGAAGCAGAAGCACCAGCUCAGACACAGAGAGCUUUUCCUGUCGCGCCAGCUGGAGUCCCUACCAGCAACACACAUCAGAGGGAAGUGCUGCGUGACGCUGCUGAAUGAAACCGAAGCCCUGAAGUCCUACUUGGACAGAGAGGAUGCCUUCUUCUACUCGCUGGUGUACGACCCUCAGCAGAAGACCCUGCUAGCGGAUAAAGGGGAGAUCCGCAUCGGGAACAAAUUCCAGGCUGACAUCACCGACCUCCUGAAUGAAGAUGAAGAGGACGGCAGAGACCUGGCAAAGCUAGAAGAGAAGAUCUGGGAUCCCAACAGCUCACUAACAGAGAAACAGAUCGACCAGUUUUUAGUCGUAGCUCGGUCGGUCGGUACGUUCGCCAGAGCGUUGGACUGCAGCAGUUCUGUCCGGCAGCCGAGCCUCCACAUGAGCGCCGCCGCCGCCUCCAGGGACAUCACACUGUUCCACGCCAUGGACACGCUCCACACCAACGGCUACGACAUGACCCGGGCCAUCGCGGCGCUGGUGCCUCAGGGUGGGCCCGUCCUCUGCAGGGAUGAGAUGGAGGAGUGGAGCGCCUCCGAGGCCAACCUGUUCGAGGAAGCGCUGGAGAAAUACGGCAAAGACUUCACAGACAUCCAGCAGGAUUUUCUGCCCUGGAAGUCGCUGACAAGCAUAAUUGAGUAUUACUACAUGUGGAAGACUACAGAUAGAUACGUCCAGCAGAAGCGAUUAAAAGCAGCCGAGGCCGAGAGCAAACUCAAGCAGGUCUACAUCCCCAACUACAACAAGCCAAACCCCAACCAGCUGAGUAACAGCGUAAAGCCAGCGCUUCUAAACGGAGCAGCGGGCUCAAAUGUCCCAGGACCGCUGGGCUCAGGGCAGACCCCGGGGCUGGGCAGAGCCUGUGAAAGCUGCUAUACCAGUAGCUCCUACCAGUGGUACUCGUGGGGACCUCCCAACAUGCAGUGUCGCCUGUGCGCUUCAUGCUGGACCUACUGGAAGAAGUACGGCGGCCUGAAGAUGCCCACAAGGCUGGACGGCGAGAGGCCAGGGCCCAACCGCAACACCUUGAGUCCUCACGGCCUUCCUCUGCGGCACAGCGGCAGCCCCAAGUUUGCCGUCAAGACCCGGCAGGCGUUUUUCCUGCAGACCACCGGCGCGACGCGGCUGGCGCGCCGCCUGUGCGAGGACAUCAUCCGACCGCGCUACCUGGCCCGGCACCCCUACCUCCCCGUCAACACAGCAGCCAUCAAAGCAGAGUGUGCUCUGAGGUUACCGGAUCGGCCAAAAAAGCCAUCAGAGCUCAAACCAGUGGAGCGGAAACCUCUGGAGUCUGUGGUUCGGUACUUGGAAGCACAUCCCCGUCCGUCCAAGCCCAACCCGCCAACCCGUGGCGGAUCCAUCUCAACAGGCAGCUUGACGCCCAUAAAGUCCUCCCCCAUCCUCAACAACGGCUCGCCCACCAUCCUGGGCAAGCGCAGCUACGAGCAGCACAACGGCCUGGAUGGCACCAAGUCCAAAGCCCUUACUCCACAGUGGGACAUUAUGGCCAAACGCGUUAGCGAUGUGGGACGGCCCUCGGCGUCCCUGCAGGACGAGAUUCACGAAGUGGACUGAACUCUCCGUGGGAACAAUCUCUGCUGCAAACAGCAGUGAGCAGGGGGGAGAAAGGAAACGGAGAAGGCUUUCCUAACAGACCAUAAGUGUGGGCAGCUGGACAGCAUUGGUCACUUUUCUUUCAGUUUGUGUCUCUUUGCUGCUGGAGGCCAGGCGACCGCUUCGGCAGAGGUCUCCAUCAGAAGACGAGCCUGACUGUACAGGACUGUGUUUAUUACUUACAUUACUUGUUAUUACUGUCUUUGUAAUUAUUGUUUUUGUUUGUUUGUUUGUAUUUUUUUUUUUUUUUUUUUUUUACCAACUAUAACUCGGUUUGUUUGUCGAUCAAACGAUGGAGACUUGUAAAGUUUCAUGAGAAGUGCUUGAGGAGCCCCUGUGGAGAAGGAACGUUAACAUAAGCCACUCGCAUCUUUUGUUGUUUGUUUUUUUUUUUCUUCUUUUUAAACAAGAUCAAGUCGGAAAAGAGACGCACUUUUCUUUUUGUUUCAGCGACGUGAGUUCAACUUGUCUUCUGCGUCGCUUAGGCCGGCGCCGCUCUGCAGCCAGAGGAGGGUUAACUUAUUGAGAAGGACUUGAUGUUUUUUUUUCUACCUUUUUCAUCAAUUGGCAGCAUCUCUUCGCUUCGUGAUGUAAUUAAAAACAAUAGAUUUAUUUUUUUUUCCUUUCCCCUCUUCUUGUUUUGGUGUCUAUCCACAGAGGUGAGGUGUUAAAACACACAUCGACUGUUGCCGCUUCGGGCCACUGUCGGGGUGUGUGUGUGUGUGUGUGUGUGUUCAUAUAUUUUUUUUUUCUCCUCUACUCCACACCGGGUAUGCAAGCAGGGUAUAUGCAAAUUUACAGCAACUCUUCAUUCCUAAUGGCUUUAUAUGUUGUCGGUAUUGGAGCGGAUUUAAAGCUCGAGCUGUUCUUUGUUUUGUAAGCAAACACCUGAAAUGAACUAAAAAGCAAAAGGAAUGCAGUUUGCUUUCAUGUCCAAUCUCUUGUCGGUGUGUUUAUUUUUUGUACAUUUGUUGAAAAGUUUGUGAGCAAAGUUGGCUUUUCCCAAAAAAAAGAAAAAAAAGAUGUAAUUUUACCAUCCGUCCAUAACACACGUUUACAAAUCAACCAACCAAUCAUCUAAAACAACCAGAUUGUAAAUAAGUAUCUUCUUCAAACAACGCUCUGACUGUAGUUCAUUUGAAUCCUCGUAGUUCAUUGAACCUAAGAACUAUUUAGAGGGCUGUCCAAACUUUUUUUGUCGCUCGGCCCAAACAGCCGACCCCAAAGUAUCGACGGGCAACAACAACAUUGUGAGAGCUGACAUUUUUACCUGUUUAACAAUAAACUAAACACACAAAGAAACCAAGUAUUUACGUCUUAGAGGAAAAGUCUAAACAUGGAGAUCUGCGGCUCAUUGGGAGGUGUAGUUCUUUUGCAGUCAGAAAGCCGUGGGUUCGAUUCUGACCUCCUGCCAAAUGUCGGUGUUCUAAAAGUUUUCUAUUUUCAAAUUUUUUAUUUCUUUUUCUGCGGGGGGGGGGAGAUAUACUCAAACAAGAGAUAUGGGUCACUUCUAACAAAAAGAGGCUUUUUGUGCCACAUUUCUUAAAUGUUUUCUUCUACAUAAAUCUCUGUAUUUGUGUAGUUCUGCUUACUUUGAAAUUAAAAUUACUGCAAAAAAAUGUCAAGAUACAUACUCUGUGUUGCAUCUAACAUUUUUUUUUUUUCUUAAAGAAGAAGAAAUUAAUUUGUCUGCAACUUUUUUUCGAGAGGCCUGGCGUCACUAAAGUUUUCGGCAUAAAAUAUUUUUUUUAAAAGGUGGCAGACGACACCUGGGCUGCAUCUUUAGACUCCGCCCUCAAACCCCACAGCUUAGAGUUGCAGCGUCUGGCGUAUCCUUGGACUUGUUUUUCACACUUUUCCCAAUCACAAACACCAAGUAGGGCAUGUGAAUAUGACUAGGACACAUGGUUUUCAAAUAUUUUUUUAUAAAUAAAAAAUCCUUAAAUUGUGGCA